UCCGCCCAGCGGCCUGCGCUCGGGCCGGCUCCGGUCCCGGCUUUGGUCCCGGCUUAGGUCCGGGCUCAGGUCCCAGCGCUCAGAGUGACAAGGCCGGUAGGCAGGGGCGCCCAGCCGGCGAGCCGCAUGGAGCCGCGCGCCGGGGACCGCUGCUUCCUGGGAGAUGUGGGUUUCUGGGUGGAGCGCACCCCCGUGCAUGAGGCCGCUCAGCGGGGUGAGAGUCUACAGCUUCAGCAGCUGAUCAACAGUGGAGCAUGUGUUAACCAAGUCACUGUGGACUCCAUCACACCCCUUCAUGCAGCGAGUCUGCAGGGCCAGGCCCAGUGUGUGCAGCUGCUGCUGGCUGCUGGCGCCCAGGUGGACGCACGCAACAUUGACGGCAGCACCCCACUUUGUGAUGCCUGCGCCUCAGGCAACGUCGAGUGUGUGAAGCUCUUGCUGUCCUAUGGGGCGAAAGUCAACCCUCCUUUGUACACGGCAUCCCCGCUACAUGAGGCCUGUAUGAGUGGGAAUUCUGAUUGCGUGAGGCUUCUCAUUGAUGUUGGGGCCAACCUGGAAGCCCAUGAUUGCCAUUUCGGGACGCCUCUACAUGUUGCCUGUGCACGGGAGCAUUUGGACUGUGUCAAAGUGUUGCUCAAUGCAGGGGCCAAUGUGAAUGCAGCCAAACUUCACGAGACGGCGCUCCAUCAUGCGGCCAAGGUAAAGAAUGUGGACCUCAUCGUGAUGCUCAUAGAGUUUGGUGGCAACAUCUAUGCCCGGGACAACAGGGGCAAGAAGCCCUCGGACUACACGUGGAGCAGCAGCGCCCCAGCCAAGUGCUUUGAGUACUAUGAAAAGACACCUCUCACCCUCGCACAGCUCUGCAGGGUGAGCUUGAGGAAGGCCACUGGUGUUCGAGGGCUAGAGAAAGUCGCCAAGUUGAACAUCCCUCCCCGGCUCAUCGACUACCUUUCCUACAACUGAGCUGCAGGCAGGGUGAUGGAAAGGCUGGUGACUGGCCCGGUUGUCAUCUUGCUAUGCCUAGCCCUGGGGUUUAAAGACUUCUGCCUGUUUCUCUGAAACACCAUCAUUGCUGUAGAUAGGUUGAUGCUCCUUUGUGUUCUUUCUGGUUGUCUUUUUCGAUGUCUCCUUCUGAACCCCAGAGGAGGUCUCUGAAGCACCAGGAGGCCAGUGUGUGACAUCACAGCUGUGGAUGUAACCCUUGUUAUUCCUCCGGAACUAAUGCUGUCAGUCUGAGAUGGGCUCGGUUCUCCAUGUUUCUCUCUUCGCCGACCACCCUCAACUAGAGAGACAGUUCAAGGUGGACAGGGAAUCCUGGGGACUCAGGACGCUCAUGUUGAUUGUCCUCUAUCUGGGUGCCAUGACACAGAAGCAUGAGGUUCCAAGCACUUGACCCUGUGGACUGGAAUACCACCUUGCUGGCAUCUUGCCACUUGGAUCGUUUUUCUGGGGCAGCAGCUGACACUUUCCGAGGUCUAACCUGCACCCAGGCAUAUCACUCAGGGGCUUUUCAGUUCAGAGUGGGGAAGGGCUCAGACUUUGUACCCCCACAGCAAGCAAUGUGUUUUGGGAUGACUGUUUCAUCAGGAUGAUCCCAUUUGUUUAGGCAAAUUCCUAAAAAUAUUUUUGAGCCUUUUA